AUGCCUCCAACCGCUCUUGCUGAUGAGAACUCCUUAAUCACGGAAACAACCCAUGAUACCAGCAAAAAUGGCCUCAAACAACGACCAACCGAAACUCCAAUCGAGGCGAUGUCCCACGGCCCUGUAUCUCUCCCUGGACUUCCCGUCUUCCCAGACCUCAAAGAAAAACGUAAAUGGGUAUUAGAGCAUCUAGCAGGCGCAUUCCGCAUCUUCGCACGCCAUGGCUACACCGAAGGAUUAUCAGGACACAUCAGCGUGCGGGACCCGAUCAACGCCCGCGCAUUCUGGAUCAACCCACUAGGCGUGCACUUCGCCAUGUUAAAAGUAUCCGACAUGCUACUCCUCGACAUGUACACAUCAGAAGUGCUGAUCGCAGGGAAAAGCGGAAAACCUGCCAACGCCACGGGAUUCAUGAUCCAUUCCGCUAUCCACCGCGCUCGUCCGGAUGUCCAUGCUAUCUGCCAUGCACAUUCGCCCAAUGCGCGCGCCUGGACGGCAUUCGGGAAGCCGCUGGAGAUGAUAAAUCAGGAUGUUUGCAAUGUCUAUAGAGUUCAGGCGCUGUAUAAUUCCUAUGGCGGGAUAGCGCUGAAUGGGGAGGAGGGAGAAAGAAUCGCGGAGAGUUUGGGGGAGAAGAAUAAAGUAGCUUUUUUGUUGAAUCAUGGCCUGUUGACUGUUGGUGGGACGGUGGAUGAGGCGUCUUAUUUGUUUAGGCUGGUGGAGAGGAGUUGUGAGGUGCAGUUGCUGGUUGAAGCGGCCGUUUCGAAAGGUGGCUUGGAGAAGAGGAUUAUUGAUGAUCGAGAGGCUAGCUAUAAUUUUGCGACGGCUAGUGAGGCGGAAAGUUUAUAUUGUGAAUUCCAGCCUGAGUAUGAGCUGGAGACGAUGCUCAGUGGAGGGGAUUUCAAAAGGUGA